AUGGAUGGAGAUGGAUAUCCCACUUAUCGGAGACGCAAUACAGGUCAUUGCGACCGUAGUGGUCUCUCAACUAAUAACCAGUACGUCGUACCUUAUAACCCAAAAUUAUUGAAAAUAUUCGAUUCUCAUAUCAACGUUGAAGUAGUGACGAGCAUUAAAUCGGUUACAAAGGUCAUGAUGCAGCCUAAUUUCGUAGAAGGUCGAUAUGUAGGACCAGCAGAAGCAUGUGAUCGAGUCUUAGGCCGACCCUUACAGAACAAAAGUCACUCAAUCGUACGGUUACCUAUCCACUUAGAGAACCAGCAAAAUGUUACUAUCAAUGAUGAUGCAAGCGAAGAUGAUAUGAGAUCAGCAUUGCACCGAACAAACAUGCUACUCGAUUAUUUUACUCUAAAUGAACGAGAUCCUCAUGCCCAUCAAUUCGCGUAUUCUGAAAUUCCAUCAUUUUAUGUGUUCCAAAAACUAACUGGGUCUAAUGGAUCGAAAUGGACGAAAAUUCAAUCUCAUGUCAAUGUUAUUGGACGCAUGUAUAGUGUUAGUCCAACGCAAAAUGAAUUGUGUCAUCCGCGCUCAUUAUUGAUAUACGUUAAAGGGUCGACAAGUUAUGAAAGUCUCAGGACAGUAGGUGGUGAAGCAUAUGAAACGUGUCCAAGCGCUUGCCUAGCUUUAAAUCUCAUCGAGGAUGACGCAGAAUGGGAACGUGCAAUGCCAGAAGGAGAGGUAUGGAUGAUGCCUAGACAACUACUACUCUGGGAAAAGUUUAAGGGAGCGAUGUCUCAAGAUUUGCAAAGUCUGUUCAGCGCACCAGAAGUAGAAAAAAGAGCUUAUGCUGAAGUGAAUCGGCUCCUAUCUUAUCAAUUCUAUCAAUUGAUGGACUUGGAUGACAGUAUUGAUAUCCAAAGUGAUGAUGAAAUACCACUUGAACAACACAGAACUAUUGGUCACAGUCAAUAUGGGAAACUAAAUUUGAAACAGCCUAACAUUGUCGAUGAGGUGUUAAAUGUUGUUGAAUCACAGGAACCACGAACAGCAUACUGCUACCUAGAUGGACCUGGCGGAUCUGGAAAAACUUUCGUCUAUACUACUCUCUAUCAUUUAUUACGAGCUAGAGAAAAAAAUGUACAUACGAUGGCGUUUACAGGUAUUGCCGCGAUUUUACUUCCUCGAGGGAAAACAGUUCAUAAAUCGUUUGGAAUACCUGUUCCAAUUUUCCAUGAUUCUGUGUCGAAUUUCAAGAAUCAGUCAAAGCAAGCUCAAUAUUUACGAGAAGUCGACGUUUUCCUUUGGGAUGAAGCUCAAAUGGCGCCGAAGUUUGCUCUAGAAUUAGUUGACCGCACUCUACGUAACUUUAUGUGCAAUGAUUUACCUGUCGGCGGUAAGAUCAUGAUUCUUGGUGGAGACUUUCGACAAUUACUUCCAGUAAAACCAAAUGCAACGCGCAGUGAACUGGUGGAUUUAUCUAUUCAAUUUAGUUCAUUGUGGAAACACUUUACAAUAUUUUCUUUAACAGAAAAUAUGCGAGCUGUACCUCAAGAGAAAGAAUUUGCGAAAUAUCUUUUAUCUGUCGGAGAUGGACCUUUGAACGAUGAUAACAAUAAUAUACAACCUCCAGAACAGUCCAUUGCUCAAAUAUCUGCUGAUACAGUCGACAUAUUCACUAAUAUUAUUAAUGAAAGGAGAUAUGGAGAUUUAGCCAAAGUGGCAAUUCUAUCAGCACGGAAUAUAGACGUUGACGAAAUUAAUGAUCGUGUCAUGGAGUUACUCGACAGGAGAAAUCAAAAGAUAUAUACGAUUUUUGACAGCGCAGAAGAUUGUGAUAACGGGGACAAAAGUCAUGAAAUUCUCCCAGAAUAUCUCCAUACUUUGAAUCCUCCAAAUUUUCCCCCAUAUGAAUUGGAACUAAGAAUUAAUUGUUUCGUUAUGGUGAUACGCAACAUGAGUAUCAAUGAAGGACUCUGUAAUGGAACACGAUUACAAGUACUUGAGCUCGUGAACAAUCUUUUACGUUGUCAGAUUCUAACCGGUGAUAAAGCAGGGGAAAUAGUUUUCAUACACCGUGUAACCCUGUAUUGUGAGAAUACUUACCCGUUCGUCUUCAAAAGACGCCAAUUUCCAUUAAGACCCGCCUUCGCGAUGACAAUCAAUAGAAACCACGGUCAAACAUUCGAUGAAAUAGGAAUCGAUUUUCGGAAAGAUGUUUUCAACCACGGUCAAUUAUACGCUGCAUUUUCACGUGUUCGAUCAUGGGGUUCAUUAAAAAUUUUUCUUGAGCUCAACGUUCAAAUAGAAGAUGAAUUAAUUGUCGUGGACAAAAAGAUUUUUGUAAUGGCAAUGAAGAUGGGUUCGUUUCAUUACAUCAUUCCAACAAAAGGGUUUGUUCCUGAAUACAGUCAUGAAGUUGUUGCUGCAUUUGUAUUUGGAAAAUGUCAAAUUUCUGUGUAUCGCAACGAAGUUGUAGUUAUAAAAAAUCAGCCGUAA